UAUCUCUUCUUUUGGUCUCACAUUUUCUACUCCCUGCCACGGAUUUCUUCACCGACGGAAUCACUAAUAUUCCUUGAUGCCGUUGUGACCUGGAAUAUUGCUGCUCCAAAGGACUCUCACGAUCUGCCAGUACGCCACGCUCAUGAAGAUCAAGGGCCCGGUGUACAGGAAAACCAGCUUCACGAUGGUGAACGCGACUUGGCUGCUUUGAUUCCAAGAAGUGUCGCACUGUGUGAACAAGAUCGUCUGGACUCUGAUAUGCGUGGGAGGAAUGGUGUGCAACACGACGAGGUCCGGGAUAUCUGCAUAAAUGGUGUCAAAGGCGUCGAGCGUGCAACGAAGCCGGGAAAGAACCAGCAACUUUCUCAACGAUUUUCUUCGCACUCCGAUGCUCCAGAACGUGCUAGAAGUUUUUUCGAAACAAUUGCCCGUGCUAGUCACAGUUGUAAACGUAUCUCGUACGACCAUCGUCCUCGUGUUCUCGCGCAACGGGUUCAUACAUCUAGACUAGUUGAAAUAAAAUUCGAAAUCACAGUAUUCCUAAUUACUGUGUUCAAAAUGUCACGGGAAACAAUGCUGCUGCACUGUUACAAUCGCGGCUGUGGAAAAAAGUUCGAUCCGAACGAUAAUAAAGAAGGUGAUUGUGUUCAUCAUCCUGGCCAUCCAGUGUUUCAUGAUGCCUAUAAAGGAUGGUCUUGUUGUAAUAAAAAAUGUACAGACUUUACAGAAUUUUUAAACAUUAAAGGCUGUACAAAAUCGUUUCAUUCAAAUGUUAAACCACCAGAGCCAGAAAAACCAGCUGUCGACAAGUCAAAAGCUAAUGAAGUGAUCAAAGUAAUUGCUAAACCACUUAUGGACGGGCCUAUUUUACAGAGGCCUCCUUUUGAAACGUCACAAGUUACUUUAACGCCUAACGUGUCUCCUACGUUGUUAGAACAAAUUAAAGGAUUGACUUCUCUUGUGACAAACAGUGUAUCCGAUAGUAAAGUGCAGAUCGGACAAAGUUGUAAAAAUAAUUCUUGCAAAGCUACAUACAGAGGUCCUGCAUCUGAUGAUGAAGUGUGCAACCACCAUCCUGGUACACCUAUAUUUCAUGAAGGAUUGAAAUUUUGGUCUUGCUGCCAAAAGAGAACUACAGACUUUUCUACGUUCUUAGAACAACCAGGGUGUACACAAGGGAAACACACAUGGAUUUCUACAAAUACUGGUAAAAAAGUGAAAUGUAGAAUGGAUUGGCAUCAAACAGGGGCAUUCGUUGUAGUUUCAGUUUAUGCCAAGAAGUAUCAGCCAGAUAAAUCAACUGUUAAGCUGAACCCUAUACGAUUAACUAUAGAUUUAUUCUUUAUAGAAGAAAAUUCUAGAUACAAUCUUGAUUUAGAGCUAAGAGGGGUAGUCGAUGUUGCACAAAGUAGCGUUAGUAUGUUGCCAACUAAGGUAGAGAUUAAACUUAAGAAAGCAGAGGUGGGUUCAUGGGCAAAACUAGAUUUUCCUAGAGAAAAUGAAGGAUAUGAAGAGGAAAACAGUCAAAAUGACGAAGAGAAUAAUACACAAGUCGAUGCCGUGGAUCUAAGUGAUCUUUAAAUACAUACUAUACUUAUGAAAUAUAUUAUUGUACAUUUGAUCUCUUAUAUUUGACAUGCAAUGAGACAAAAGAUCAAAUUAAAGAAUAUUUAUUUGUA